AUGACCAUCAAGCAGAAGCCUGAUAUUGAGCUCCACCGUGAACCUCAGAUAGACGACGAGUUGGACUUUUUCACGAGUGGGAUGGAUGGGACUGGCGCCUCGAGCCCCUUCGUCAAAGACGAACCAGACGAUUUCGGCUUCAUGCAGAAUUUUCCGUCUGCACAACCUAACUAUAACGUUCCGCUGAAUCAGCAGUACGGUCAGAGCCAUACUCAACAGAGUAGCAUGAGUCCUACGGCCUUGGCUAUGCAAAAUGGAGCGUAUGGGCAGUACGGCAUGCCGCAACAGCAGAAUAUGUCCAACAGUUAUAACUUAGGCAACUCAGGCAUUGGAGACGACGAGUUAGCUGACCUAGAACUUGGACCGUCGCAGCAUCCAGGAUUGAUUGCUCAGAACAACAACAUACAAUUUUUCCAGAACCAGAAUCCUGGGAAUGGUCGACAGAUGAACCAGCAAUACUCGAGCACGCCUGACGGAGCUCCGAUCCAAAGCCCUUUCACCCAUGGCAACUUCAACUACGGUAUGGCAAAUAUGCAACAUUCCGUGGCGUCGCCCCAAAUGCGACCCACAGGCGCCAGCACGUUCUCGAGCUCACGUCCGUCACACGUGGCACCAAAUAUGAAUCGCCAGCCGUCUGACUCCAGGAGUCCUAUGACUCCACGAACUCCAGGCGUAUCAGCAUUGCAUCUCGAAACCUCACAGGCAGGCAGUCUCCCCUCCCAACCAAUCAACUACAAUAGCCAGCACCAUAAGAGGACCUCAGGACAAUGGGAUAGCAAUCCUGAUAGCUUGCCAUCACACGCUGAUACACCAAUCUCGUCACCCAAUUAUGCGCACAGCCACGCACAGAUAAGCGAAAUGAUAAAGUCUGGCAAGCACGCUUCGCUUCCCGCCAAAGUUGAUGGAGGUGCCGCUACCUACGGCAAUCCACAAUCGCAAGAAGCAAAGAAACGGAGGCGUCGCGAAUCACACAAUCUUGUUGAGCGUCGUCGGAGAGAUAACAUCAAUGAAAAGAUCCAAGAGCUCUCGCAUCUUGUUCCUCAACAUCGGCUGGAAGACGAAAAAGUGCGCAAACACAUGAUGAAUAAUACUCCUCUCUCCCCUAGCCUUACUGCUACCGGCAUGAGCCCCCCGCAAGCAACAUCUCUGCUUGCAGGAGGUGGUCGGCGUGCAACCUCCGGCAGUAUUAGCAUCGGAAUACCGCCCGAAGAGAAAGACAAAGGCCCCAAUAAAGGUGAUAUCCUGAACGGAUCAGUCAGCUGGACGCGCGACCUCAUGUUGGCAUUGUUCCAGAAAUAUCAGCAAGAGGAUGAUUUGGCAGAACGCAUGGCAAACAUGGGAAACCCAUGGCCGUUCCAACAAUCGGAAGAUGAAAAGCGCCUACGUACCGAAUUGAUGGCUGCUAUGGAAUCAAAUAACCCAAGUUCGUUCUUUUACUCGAGAGGACCAGGGAGUGGGCUUAGGGUGCCAAACCAUACAGAUGCCGCUGGCGAGCCGCUUGAUCCAUCACAGAUGGGUACAAUCAGCCCUCAAAGUCUCAGCCCCGGUGACCAUCCUGUUCAAAAUAUGCACGAUGCUGAAGGCAUCAGUGGCAACCCACAAGCACAACUCUGGGGUCAAUCUCUCAAGGAAGAGGACGAGUAUAUCAUGCAGAUGAAUUGA